AUGUAUUCACAUGUGUUCGCACCUUCCCAACACAAGGCCAUUCUCUGUUACUGCCUCAAAAACAGGGCGUUUAUUUUUAGCUGCCCAAGCCCAGAAACAAUGCGCCAAUCGCAAAUUAUCACCAAGGUUGGGCACUUGUAUAACUCCUCAACUUUUCAGCAGCAGCUUUUACGACUCUUACCAAACGCGGGUUCGCAGGAACUCACGUCACACUUCGUUCUAGUAAAAAAAGUGCGCAGUAGUGAGCGCAGCUAGUAAACGAUAUUCGUCGAUGUAGUAGACGCUGGCACUAAUGCUGGUAUCAGUGUCAACGUGCAGCAAACACUUGUGGAGAUUCUAACUUGCCAGCAGCGACCGAAUUAUGUUUGCAUUGCACGUAAGCCCGGUAUUGCCAGUCGCACAUCGCCCCAAAAGUGUUCGACAGCUUGCUGGAAGUGUCGCUCCUGGCUUUUUUGCCGCCUCCCCUCUCGGUCCGCCGCGCACUGUUGACAGAAGCCGUGGGGAUGCCAAGAUGUCUACCGUUUGCUCGCGCGGAGGCCCCGGGAAGCCGAACUCUACGCCGACCGUCUAACGCCGCUGAGCAGCGUUUAGUUUUUCGGCCCGGCUGCACGCAAGCGUAGCUUCGUGGCCCCAACAACGCGUAGCACACACUCGAAGCGACUCAAAUCGGGGGCACGCGCUGACCGCCCAAGGCGGCCGACAUUGGCGCGAGCGGCCGAGCUACUCACAAAUAAUGUCUUUUUGGGAAAUCGGGGAUCCAGCUGCGUGAAGUGAGAGUGCGACUCUUGGAAAAGGUUUCGCCGCGCUCUUUCUGAGCCAGUGUUUCGAGUCUCGGGGCACGGCAAAGGUCCGCAAAGCUGCAUCGGACUUUUCGCCGGCACGGACGGCGACGCGAGAUAGCCGUUUGCGCAUGCGUGGUUGCCCGUGUCAAGUCCCAUGGAACGAACUGCUCACUUCCCGCGAUGGCGAACGGUGCGGAGGAUGAAGGCAAAUUAUUAAAAGGAUCCAAGAUAUCUGUAAUGGUCGAAGAAGCGCUCAUCGACGUCAUUAUAGUUUCUUUUAGCUACGGCGGCAAAAUCUUCCAAGGAGCACUCCUCGAUGUCAGCAAAAAAAACAUCCCGUUCGGCAUCAGCCCCUGGGGCCCAACGGGGGGCCAGGAGCCACGAGCCGAGGGCACGCUGGGCGAAGCGGCUCUCGAGAAGGGGGACAAGUUCCAUGCACUGAAGCAGAGGCACACAUACUUCCAGGAGAAGCCGAGCGACGAGAUGUCUAGCCGCUCCUGGGCCAAGUCGCGCAAGACAACGGGGCGCAACAGCCGCGACCAGAGCGUCCGCAUGCGCCGCCUACGUCCGCGCCAGGUGCUCUGCUCCCACUGCCGGGCCAUCUGCAAUGAGAACUCUGAGAAUGUGCAGCUAGGCAGCCUGAAGAAGGAGGCGCUGCCAGUGGUGAGCCCCUGCCUGCCCAUGCCCAAGUGCGAGCCGGAGGCGCGUCUCCCGCCCAAGAGUGGCGUCGCCCACGACGAGGACGUCAUGAUCAUGCAAACGUCGCCCUCCCCGCGCACCGAGGAAUCUCCGACGAGGACGGUGUACGCGAGCAUGGCGGAGAGCCUGGAGCUGAAGAACGCCCAGCUGCCGGCCGGUGCCGAGGAGUUCCAGUCGAAGAGCGAAUACCAGGCGGUUGCGCUGGUGCCGCCGGCCGUCAACCGCAUGAUUCUGCGCAAGCGCAAGUGGACCGACGCCGAUGACAUUGGUAGGAGUUCGGGCCUUGUGGAGCUGGCCCGGCCCCAGAGCAAGCUUGUUCGCGCCGCACUCACCAAGACGAGCCCCGUGAUCAAGAUCUCGUUUGCCAAUCCGCAGGGCAAGGGCACCGUGGUCAAGAUCCCGGCCAAGCUGACGGGGCCGAGCGACACAGACGGCGACAGCAGCAUGGACUGCGUGGGACUGCGCGACACGAGCAGCACACGUGCAGCCAAGAAGGCGUUGAAGAAGGCACGGCGCGACCACCACAAGAGCCCGCUGCUGGCCUCCCCGAGCCUCGCCAAGCACAAGCACCACAAGCACAAGGUGAAGCGGAAGCGGCGCCACCGGGAGCCCGACGAGCCACGCAACGACGUGGAGAACAGUCCGAGCUACGGGCUGGACGAGGGCCCCGCCGAGGGCUUCCUGGGCGAGGGCCGCUCACACAAGCUGUCAAUCAGCCUGCGCCGUCUGGGUGCCAAGGCCUACAUGCGCUGCAGCCCCAAGUAUGACGACCUGCUGGCGAGCAGCGGGUCGGGCAGCGAGUGUGGCGACGUGCCUGAGUUCCCCAAGCUGGACCCCCUGCGUGAGAUGGACAAGGUGAAGCCGCUCAUGAUGCGCAUCAGCACGCACAAUGUCAAGCGGUGCACACUGGACGGCGGCCGCGAGAUGGCAGUGGGCGACAUCGUCUGGGGCAAGAUCCACGGCUUCCCCUGGUGGCCCGGAAAGGUGCUCGCGCUGAGCGUGUCGCAGCGCGACAAUGGAGCCACCAUCAACCAGCAAGCGCACGUGGCCUGGUUCGGGUCAUCCACCUCGUCAUACAUGCCCUGCCAGCAGCUGAGCCCCUUCCUGGACGACUUCAAGAGCCGUUACAACAAGAAGAAACGGGGCCCCUACAAGGAGGCCAUUCGCCAGGCCACCCUCGAGGCGGCGGCCUGCCAGGAGCUGCCGCCGGAGCUGGCACUUCUCUGAGAGGCUGCAAAGCGAGUCUGCAACACUACAGGGUACGCUUCGGGGGUCGUCCCGGACACACUAAUGUAUAGAGAUGCGUGUACAUACCUCUAUUUUUGUUUGCCGGAACCGUUUGCCGCACGACUGGGACAAUGCGGCCGAUGGCUUCCUAUCGGGUUUAGUGGUUUCUAGUCACGGUGGUUUGGGAGUGCGGUUGAAGGGCCGUCUCAUUCCUUUUGGCGGAUGUGGCCUGUCCAGAGCCUCUGCUCUGAGCAAUCCCACCUGGCAUCUUGUUGGUUGCCAGCCUCGGCUGUGCUCGGUGUGUGCCUUUCAACCUUGGUUUAUUUUGUGUCGGCGUCUACGGUCUCGUUUCGCUGCCUGUGUGCUUUUUGUGGUAACCACCCAGUGUGACUUCAUUUGCUCCCGUGCUUAUCCCUCCCCGUUGUUUUAGUAUCGGUGGCAUCCCGUCGCUGCGGGUGCCGCGGGGCUGGCCCGUGCGGUGUGGCAACCUCAAAACCUCUGUACGCGCUGUGAACGAGAGCUUGUUGCCGGUGGGUUUUGUCAUACUCCAAUGGCCCUUGUUGCUGGACUCUUUGGCUCAUCUCCUUUUCCAUGGUUCAUACUUCCAGACUCGCACCGUGAUAACAUGAAACCCAGUGCUCAAGAUAGUGUCAUUGCUCCUCACCCCAUCCACUUGUCAUUACUAGAGGCUGGAUGUUGAGGCACUAUGGAGGUCAGUUUUAAAAGCUUCACGGUUGCGUUGGAAGUUAUCUGAUGGGUACGAGCAAUCUGCAUUUUAGAGCAUUGUGGACAGUUGGUAGGUUUGGCAACACUAGAACCUCUAGUCAAAGAGGAGAAGAAGAAAAUAGUGUUAGGAGAAUAGUAGAUGUUGCUGCCCUCAAACAACAUUUCACCUUGUCCUCCUUUGUUGGACAGCAGGUUUCAAGUCCCACUGAUUUUCCAUAAGUCUCUAUAAAUGCCUAUUGACCUUGUCCGUUGCAGAACUUUUAGGUGCAUAUUUUAGGCCUCAAAAAGAACUCUGUGGUGCCUUCAACAUCCAGUUUUUAGUCAUUACUUGCAGCAAGGUUGUGCAUUAAAUUUUUCUAGGAAUCACGUUCAGCUGUCCCAAAGUAUGCAUUUUUUCUGCUAUAGUACAACCAAUGCAGUGGGUCUUGCUGCUAUCCGUAGCAUCCGUACAAAGAGCUUAAGAAAGAGCUCGGGUGAAAUGUUAGCUUCACUUCUGAAGAAAGGUCUCUGUCAAAGGGGGUGGCGACUUGUGGAUAAUCUUUUCUCGCACAACGGUGAGACAAUGUCUGGAGAUACAACUAACGGAGGAAAAAACUUAGAUUCUGCGACAUUGGUUCACUUAUUUAAAUUACACUCUGUUAAUUUUUUUAACAGUCUGGUGGACACGCUUGUCUAAAAAUAAACUUUACACGAAAAAAAAAAAUAUUUAAGAGCAAUAUUAACGGCGAGAUUUAUUUGUAAUUUUGUGCGAAAAGUCCAUGACGUCGUGCAAUGGUCAUUUGCUCUUUCCACCUCAACGUGAAGGCGAAGCCAAUCCACUUCUCCUCCACGUGCCUGAAAUGCCAAGAGAGAAAACGAGUGGAAAGGAGGUGACUACCGACUAAAUCGCAUUUUGCAAUGUCAAUAUUGCUCUAAAAAAUUAAUUUUUUUCGCGUAAAAUUAUUUUUUUGACACGCAAGUUCCAACCAAACCACUAAAUUUUUUUUUUCUUUCAGUGGUUUUUUAACUGAGUGCGAGCGAAGCCAGAGCUACAAGUGAAAACCUUGUGCUUCGAGCUUAACUGCUGUAUUUGCACACUUGUGCUGUGCAAGCAUUCAAGGCAAUGUGCUUGGGCUUGUAACUUCAGUUUCACUUACACUUAAUGCCCAACAACCAGAAAGGAAGAAACCACUGUCCCGUUUUCACUCUGUUCGAAGAGGAGGAGUGGGAGCAUGAAAGGAAACGGGACUGGUUUUUGUCGUACGGAAAACGAUACGUCGGGUUUUAAAGGGUGACGUACACUUCGCGCUUUCCUUUUUACCUGCCUCCUCCUUUCCUAUAUCCUCCAUUUUUUCCCCUGCCUCAACACGGCUCCCCUUGCAGUUUAGGAGAGGAGGACGAUGAGGAUUAUCUUCCCUGCAGAAAACCGAGGCUGUACGUCAGCCUUUAAGGUGCCACAAAGUGUAAACAACUCCGUUACCAGAAAUACUCCCUGCGGUAGUAUGACAAAAGGACUAUGUGCUAUAGUAUGUAUUUGCGAUUGAAGUGGAAACUGUUAUUGGACGAGAUGAGAUUGACUAGAAGCUCACUGAGCGAGAGGUUUACUCUGCCGUUGUAUUCAAGCCGCCCUCCAAAUUUUUCAAUGCCGAUAGAGUUGUGACCGCUUUGCUAGAGGGUUCACCAUCCAGGAUCAGUGCAAGACCUUGAUUGCGCCAUGUAGCAUGUGUUACUGUUGUGCAUUGGGAAUUGCAGUGUUAACAUGUGAGACGGAGUUGGCAUAUUGUGCAGGUUUGUCAAAGCAGUGGUCUUUACGGGAAAGCAACAGCCGACUUGAUUGCAUUGUGUGAUGCCCCUACUGUGAUGACUGUUGACCUCAAAAGGAGAUAUCACUUGUAAACGUGAUUCGGAGGCUGCUCACCGACCCUUGGAUUCACUGACAUGACAUUCAUAUUCAUACCAGCCUCUUCAUCACAGCCUCUGAGGCAUUUAGUCUGUGGGAACACAGCUAAUCUCAUUGUAAAAAGUGUACAGGAAGCGAGAAGGUUCUAAAUAAAGCUGUAUCCACAUCAGGAA